AAGCUCUUAAUAAACUGGAAACUAAUCCUUCUUCGAAGCGAAGCACAAAGUAAAAGUAAAAGAUGGCUGGUUAUAGAGCAGAGGACGACUAUGACUACCUAUUCAAGGUGGUUUUGAUCGGUGAUUCAGGCGUGGGGAAGUCCAAUUUGCUCUCAAGGUUCACCAGGAACGAGUUCAGCUUGGAAUCCAAGUCCACCAUUGGCGUUGAGUUCGCAACUCGGAGCUUAAACGUCGAUGGCAAAGUCAUCAAAGCUCAGAUUUGGGACACUGCUGGUCAAGAAAGGUAUCGUGCCAUAACAAGUGCCUAUUACCGAGGAGCUGUUGGUGCGCUUCUCGUGUACGAUGUUACCCGGCACUCCACGUUUGAGAAUGUCGAGAGGUGGUUAAGAGAGUUAAGGGAUCACACGGAUCCCAACAUUGUAGUCAUGCUCAUCGGUAACAAAUCAGAUCUCCGUCAUCUUGUGGCCGUCCCGACCGAGGACGGGAAGUCUUUUGCCGAGAAAGAGUCCCUCUACUUCAUGGAAACAUCUGCUCUCGAUGCUACAAAUGUGGAAAAUGCAUUUGCUGAAGUUCUUACACAAAUCUACCAUAUCGUGAGCAAAAAAGCCAUGGAAGCGGGCGAAGAAGGGAUUAACUCGGUUGUUCCCUCCAAAGGUGAGAAAAUCGAUGUCGGUAAAGAUGUCUCCGCGAUGAAGAAAGGGGGUUGUUGUUCAAGCUAGAAUGUAGUUAAUCUGAAGAAGUCUGAUUGUUUUACCGAUGUGGGU